CCAACCAAGAGUAAGAGAGAAUGAUACAUUUGAACUUUGAACUUUGUUGAAAUAUUCACUAUUCAACUUCAGCCAUAUGGACGAAGCUAAGAGAAUGGAAGAAGGCCUCAGUUCACCACCAUUGAAGGAUGGUGGUGAUGGUAACCAUGACUUGAAGAAGAAGGAAACCAUUAAAACAAAACAAGAAGAUUCUGCUAUUGAAAUUGAGCAUGACAAAGACGCAAUGGCUAAGCCAAUGGGGGAACAGGAGCCACAGGUUAAGCAAAAGGCAAAGAGGGUUGCAACCCUUGAUGCAUUUAGAGGUCUCACCAUAGUGUUGAUGAUACUGGUAGAUGAUGCUGGUGAAGCUUAUCCACGCAUUGAUCACUCCCCUUGGAAUGGAUGUACUUUGGCUGAUUUUGUUAUGCCUUUCUUUCUUUUCAUUGUUGGGGUUGCAAUAGCCCUUGCACUCAAGAGAAUCCCCAAGAUUAAGGAUGCUGUAAAGAAGAUAAUCCUUAGGACAUUGAAGCUUCUCUUCUGGGGUAUAAUUUUGCAAGGUGGAUACUCUCAUGCCCCUGAUGAUCUCGCAUAUGGAGUAGACAUGAAGUUUAUCAGAUGGUUUGGCAUUCUCCAGAGAAUAGCUCUUGUAUACUGUGUUGUGGCUCUAAUAGAGACAUUUACCACCAAGCUUAGACCCACUACCUUGAGUCCUGGAUACCUAUCCAUUUUCACUGCCUACAGAUGGCAAUGGUUUGGGGGCUUCGUGGCAUUUCUCAUUUACAUGAUCACAACCUUUGCCCUUUAUGUUCCUGAUUGGAGUUUUGUAGAUCAUGUUCAUGGCAAUGAACCAAAGAGAUACACAGUGAUAUGUGGCAUGAGAGGGCACCUAGGACCUGCAUGUAAUGCUGUUGGGUAUGUGGAUAGGCAAGUUUGGGGGGUUAACCAUCUUUAUUCUCAGCCUGUAUGGGCGCGCCUCAAGGCAUGCACGUUCAGCUCUCCAAGUACAGGUCCUUUUCACAAAGAUGCUCCCAGUUGGUGUCUUGCUCCCUUUGAACCUGAGGGCUUGUUGAGUUCCAUAUCAGCAAUCCUCUCUGGCACUAUCGGCAUCCAUUAUGGGCACGUCUUGAUUCAUUUCAAGGGUCAUUCAGAGAGGCUCAAACAGUGGGUUUCAAUGGGGCUAGUGUUAUUCAUCAUAGCCAUCAUCCUUCAUUUCACAGAUGCUAUCCCACUUAACAAGCAACUCUACAGCUCCAGCUAUGUUUGUUUCACAGCUGGGGCAGCUGCACUUGUCUUCUCUAUGUUAUAUAUACUGAUUGAUGUUUGGGGGCUUCGUACACCAUUCUUAUUUUUGGAGUGGAUAGGAAUGAAUGCUAUGCUAGUCUUUGUGAUGGCAGCUCAGGGCAUCUUCGCAGCAUUUGUAAAUGGCUGGUUUUAUGAAGAUCCAAAGAACUCACUAGUACAUUGGAUCAAGAAGCAUGUGUUUGUGAAUGUUUGGCACUCAGAGAAGGUGGGAACUCUCUUAUAUGUGAUCUUUGCAGAAAUCACAUUUUGGGGAGUGGUUUCUGGUGUGUUGCACAAAUUAGGAAUAUACUGGAAACUAUAAGCUAUAACUAUGAGCUACAUUAAUGUUCAACAUGUAAUCGUUAUUCCUUUAUUAAUCUUUUUGUAAUUUGGUUUAUUGUACUCUACUUCCAAA